UUUCUCUCUACUCACUCUCUCUCUAUCUCUCUACUUUCUCUCUCUUCUCUUCUGACUCUGAGUGGUGUUUUGGGUGGAGCUUUACGCAAUCCCAUUAUAACCCAUAAAAGAGAUUCUUGUUCCCUUGGCCAACCUUCCCUUCUCUUCUCUUUUAUUUUCCUCCAUUAAUGCUUCUUUUUGUGUUCUUACCUUCUUUGCUUAACAACCCUUAAUGGGAUUUUGAUUCUUAUUCAACUCAGGAUCCAUUUCUGUGAAAAAGAAAAAGUUUUGAAGGGAAUUUGUUUUAUAUGGGUAAUAUGGGAAGUAGCGGCUCAACGAGUCGCCGAAGACAACAUGGAAGCCGGCGUAGCCACCACCACCACCACAACCACCCUCCACCGCCACCUCAGGUACCACCGCAACCCGAACUCUCAGCCAACCGGUAUGUUGUUACUGCGGCCACGCCUUACCCUCCCCAAUACCCGAAUCCGAAUCCGAAUCCUAAUCCUCCCCAGUAUUACCAGUACCCAGGUUAUUACCCGCCUCCGCCGCCUACCACGCCUGCGCCCUUGCCGGCGCCGUAUGAUCACCACCACCGCGCAGCACACAUGCUUGCCGAAACAGGUCAUGGGAAUUGGGUCGGUGGCAGGUACCCUUGCGGACCGGUUAUGCAACCCGUGGCACCUUAUGUUGAGCAUCAGAAGGCUGUGACUAUACGAAACGAUGUGAAUUUGAAGAAGGAGACUCUUAGGAUUGAUGCUGAUGAGGAAAAUCCUGGGCAGUUUCUCGUGGCUUUCACAUUUGAUGCCACUGUAGCCGGAAGCAUAACUAUAAUGUUCUUUGCCAAAGAGGGGGAAGAUUGUAACCUGACAUCAAUGAAGGAAAAUCUCACACCUGUGACUGUACAUUUCCCACAAGGCUUGGGCCAGAAAUUCAGACAGCCAUCUGGAACUGGGAUCGACUUUUCGAUGUUUGAGGAGACAGAGUUAUCAAAAGCUGGGGACAUGGAUAACUAUCCUCUAGCAGUAAAGGCAGAGGCUUCCUCAGUUCUCCCGAAUGGAUCUGAAGGAAACCAAGGAUCUGGAACAAUGAAUUCUCAGAUAACUCUGGCAAUUUUUGAGAAGGAGAAAGGUGAAUUUCGCACAAGGGUUGCAAAGCAGAUCUUGUGGGUAAGUGGAAUGAGAUAUGAACUACAGGAGAUAUACGGUAUUGGUAAUUCGGUUGAGGGUGAUUUAGAUGGUAAUGAUCCAGGAAAAGAAUGUGUCAUUUGCCUGUCUGAACCACGGGAUACAACCGUUCUUCCUUGCCGGCACAUGUGUAUGUGCAGUGAGUGCGCAAAAGUUUUGCGGUUUCAGACUAACAGAUGUCCCAUUUGCCGGCAGCCAGUGGAGCGGCUUUUGGAGAUAAGGGUCAACAGUGGUUCUGACGAAUGAAAGGGAGGUAGAGGUAGUGCCUUCUCCACCAACAUUGUGUAUAUCCCUGCUAUUAUAUCUUGGUUUCCUUCAUUAACUCAUCAUCUUGGGUUUUUCAUGCAUCUAAUAAAUGAAAAGGAAGUUAUACGCGGUUGGCAUGGAUACCAUGCUGCCUUUUUUUGCACCAGAAAUAUAUUACAAGCAAAGCAAAUGGCUUCUGUAAUACUUGUGUGAGAGAGCGGCAAUUCCUCUGUUUUAUGAUAUAUUCUUUAUGUUUGGUUUUGCUAAAGCCUUGUCAAUUUCUGUUUGCAUAUUAAGUUCUUAUUUAUUAUUAUUGAUGAUUUAUAGAACAAAUUGAUUGGUAUGAGGAAAGAGAAAUGAAAUGAAGGCUUUAUUUCAUGUUA